AUGGAAUCCCUUCCCUCCCUCCCCGCAGUUCUAUUCCCCGCCCUAAGCAGCCGCGACGCCAUCACCGACACACUCUAUCGCUGCGUCCUCGGGCUGGACAAUAACGACUCGACCCUCUUUGACUCAGCCUUCACCUCCACCGCUACAUUCUCCAUUAACGGCAAGGUCUCCUCGGGCCUUCCCGCCAUUCACACCGAUUGCUUCGACGUGAUCAGCAAAUUGGACACAACACACUUUGUCACCAAUAUCCGCAUCAAUAUCGCCGACAGUGGCGUCAAGGCUGCUGCGACUGCCUCGGCGCUUGCGCAGCACUACGGCGGUGGAAAGGGGCUUCAGCCUGACCAGCCGCGUCUGCUAGCUGGGGCGCUAUACUAUGCUGAUUUCGCGAAGGACGAGGAGAGUGGACUGUGGAAGAUUGAAGCCUUUAAGAUGACGACGUCUUGGGCGGAGGGUGAUUGGGGUGUGAUGAGCGCAAAUUAA